CAUCCUUCCUGAAGCUGUCGGUGGCAGCGCUGCAGGCUUCACAGAGCGACGGUCCGUAUGCACAUGUUGAUGCCUGGUUUUGUGUCAAACGCUGCACUUUGGAUGGUUAAAGGACUGCGUCUCAAGAAGCGGGAGCCUUAGCGGUUGUUCCUGCACCGCGAUGAGAAGAGGAGAGCGGGUUGGGAUGGUACAGGGAGCGCCAGAGGAGAGCUGCUCUUCUUAGGAUCACCGGACAUCAACGGUCGAUUCAAAGCAAGUGAAGUUGAUGCUAGUUAGCCUGGUAGCAACAGCUGUGCGGACGCUGCUUGGGAUGCGGCGUGUGGACUAAACACAAAAGUAUCCUCUGCCUGUUGUAUUGUGUUGGGCAAACCAUAAUUAGCCUGCUUUAAGACUUUAGCGUAACAACGGGGCUGCUGGAUUCAUGCUAGCUUGCUUUAGUUACCAUUGUAGAGCUCGCUAGCUGUUAGCUAACGUUAGCAUGCUGACAACCAGCUCGCAUCUUCAGUCACGACUAACAUUCGCUAGCUGAGUGAACUCUAACUUAUUGUUACUUUCAGACGGUCGUGGAGCACCGUGUUUUGUGACAAAAGAGAGAGAAAAAAUAACCCGAGUGGAGAUAUGGCGAUACACCCAGUCUCUGUGGAAAGCUACCGCCUGCCCAGCCUGCCAAGGAGCGGCUAACGGGCUAGCAGCAUAACUUUCCUCUCACGGUGUCCCUGUAGCUGCACAGCCAGCUUCUUCGCUAGCCGACCUCUCGUACCUGAAGCAAGCUGGCGUCCCUCCGAGUAGAAGCCGAGGACAAGGAGCUGGGGCCGAUGGCCUGGGUGCUGAAGAUGGACGACGCAUCCAUCGAGUCGGGGCUGGUGCACGACUUCGAUGCCAGCCUGUCCGGCAUCGGGCAGGAGCUGGGGGCUGGAGCCUACAGCAUGAGCGAUGUGCUGGCUCUGCCCAUCUUCAAGCAGGAGGACUCCAGCCUUCCUCCCGAAAGCGAAACCAAAAACACCCCAUUCCAGUAUGUGCUGUGCGCCGCCACCUCGCCUGCCAUCAAGCUGCAUGACGAGACGCUCACGUACCUGAACCAAGGCCAGUCUUACGAGGUGCGUAUGUUGGACAACAGGAAGCAGGACGAGUUACCUGAGAUCAACAACAAGAUGGUGAAGAGCAUAGUGCGGGUGGUGUUUCAUGACCGCCGGCUGCAGUACACCGAGCACCAGCAGCUGGAGGGCUGGAAGUGGAAUCGUCCAGGCGACCGUCUCCUUGACAUCGAUAUCCCCAUGUCAGUGGGCAUUGUGGAGCCGAAGACUCACCCCUCCCAGCUCAACGCAGCAGAGUUCCUGUGGGACUUGAACAAGAGAGCUUCUGUUUUUGUGCAGGUGCACUGCAUCAGCACAGAGUUCACUCCCAGGAAGCACGGGGGAGAGAAAGGCGUCCCCUUCAGGAUCCAGUUUGACACGUUCGCCCAGGGAGAGGGGGGAGAGUACAUAGAGCACCUCCACUCUGCCUCCUGCCAAAUCAAAGUCUUUAAGCCAAAGGGGGCGGACCGUAAGCAAAAGACGGACAGAGAGAAGAUGGAGAAACGCUCACCCCAUGAGAAGGAGAAGUACCAGUCUUCUUAUGAUACCACUAUCCUGUCAGAGACGAGGCUUGAGCCCAUCAUAGAGGAUGCGGGUGACCACGAGCUGAAAAAGUCCAGCAAGCGGACACUUCCCGCUGACUGUGGCGACUCCUUGGCCAAGAGAGGCAGUUGCUCCCCGUGGCCAGAUAAUGCCUACGUCAGCCCCAACCAGGCAGCUACUCCCUCCUUCACCUCCACCCCACUGUCCACCUACACAAUGUCCUCAGUACCAGACAGUUUCUUGUGUUCUAGUGAAUCGUCCUCACCCAAUCACCAGGCAGACCCUGGUAGCCAUGGCAACUCGGAGGUUAUUCUCCACCCUACUCAACUGUUUGAAUUGGUGGAAAAGCAGUUGAGCCCCACCGCCUCCAUACAGGACGCACAGAAGUGGCUGCUGAAAAAUCGCUUCAACUCCUACACACGGCUCUUCUCACACUUCUCAGGUUCUGAUUUGUUGAAGCUAACCCGGGACGACCUGGUCCAGAUUUGUGGGCCAGCAGAUGGGAUCAGACUCUUCAAUGCACUUAAAUCCAGGUCAGUACGUCCCAGGUUGACAGUGUACGUCUGUCAGGAGUCCCCCCAGGAGAGCCCCCUGCUGGAGAGACAUGCAACCGAUGAAAAUGGAGAUCACAGCAUUUCCUCUAGUUUACACGUUUAUCAUGCUCUGUAUCUAGAGGAGCUCACAGCUGCAGAACUGAUCCGCAAGAUGGCGUGUGUGUGCAGCCUUCCACUGGGAACCAUCAACCAGGUGUACAGACAGGGUCCUACAGGCAUACACAUCCUGCUCAGUGACCAGAUGGUUUACAACUUGCCUGACGAAAGCUGUUUUUUGAUCAGCACUGUCAAAGAUGAAUUGGGCGAAGGACUCCAUCUAAUCCUGAAGUAGUGGAGAGGACAGAUGGCAUCACUAAUACUCCACCCUCUGUUUUGGAGCAGAAGCCUCCCUCUGUCCCUCUCUGCCUGCCUCUACUCUUUCCUCGUACUUCCUCCCGGUCUCUCCAAACAAUCGCUCGUUGGGAAGCAGUCAGACUGCGCUUAAAGCCAUGUAAAUGUUAGAAUCUGACAUGGGUGUGUCCACUGUUUCAUAUUGAAAACACUAUUAACUGAGGAGAUUAGUUAAGACGAGAGACUGGGGGGAUACAGGGUGAGGGGGGUGAUAAUGAUGUAUGUAGUUUGAUUUUAUUAUUUUAUUUUAGUCUUUUUAUAUGGUUUCUGUGGGCUAAAGGGAGGGGGGGCUUCAGCAGAGAGAGGAGAGAGACGUUCUGGCUGGCAGGAGAAGGAAAGAAAGCAGAGUUUCCUUAUUGCUCGUUGCCCCUCUUGCACAACGCGCACAACCAGCACUAGGCCAGUAUUUGAUAACCUGUACUGCUGAACAGCAUGCGAUCUCAAUGUACUAACCUGCUUAAAUGAGAAUCCCAAAAUCUGCUUGUUUAACAUUCUCCACGGGGUUCGGGGUUGUCUUAAUAAACAAUUUAUUGAUCAGCUGAGCUUGGAAACCCCUGAAAUAUUGGCGUCACCUGUGGACGUUGACACCAAACUUAUUUUUUUGUCAUGUUUCUUGGACUUUGUCAUAUGGAUAAACUCUUGUCACAUAGAGUAAUCCUUUUGUGAUGUUAGACCUCCAGCCAUAUCUCUGUGUUGACGUCACACUCGACUCGACUCUCUUCAUGUACGUCCAGCUCGGCCUGCGCUUUUACUGUUUUUAGUUGAUGCUUUAUUUAUGGAUCCGGUGCCAUAUUGACUUUUUUAAUAUGGCACCUCGUCGUCUCUGCUUUCUGUGCUGACUUUAAAAACACUGGUUAGGAGGAGUGCGGGUAACGCCUUUUGGGAUUUUGGCCAUAAUAUGCUGAACUAGAAGAUUGACAUGUGGAGCAUUAACACCAAUCCAACAACUUCUAUAAUGUGGACCAAACAGGUUUCAGAUGUGUAGUUAUUUUGAAAAGCCUCAUUGGGUCUGUACAUCCUGGUCAUCAGAGGCACUUUUGUAUUCAUAGUAAUAAACCCUCCAUUCGAGGGUCUGCUUAGCGAGAAACAACCCACCACAGCAGGCUGGCAGAAAUGUAUCACAGCCGCAGCCUGGUUUAUUAGUCUUAUCUUGUAGACUAGAAAAUCAUGGCAGUUACACGUCCUUUACAAAUCCUAAGAAAGUGUUUUCAGAUGUAGCUGCACACAGAAAGUACAAGUCACGCGUGCCCUUAGUGACAUUACAUUUCACACAGGUCCUCCUAGUCGCCGUUGGUUUAGUUUACCCAUUUUAAUUUUGGUACACAGUCGCCGGCCGUGUUGGAAGUUCAUACCGUUUGCACGCCUCUUAGUGUCAGAAUGUGCGUGUGUGCAUGGUAUCAUUUUUUUAAGUUCUUGCAAAGAUAACUGAAUUGUCGGUAGUUGUCAUAAACUUUUUCCUGUUGGUAUGAUGAAACUGUGUUUAGCUUGCUGUUUAGUAAAAGAGCAUGUUGAAGACGGGGAAAGGAGGGUGGGAGGGUUAAUUCGGUCCUUGUUGAGUGGAACACCUUGUUUUUCCAUAUUAGAGACCAAGUCUGCACUGAGAAAUUAAUAAACUCAAGCUCGAUGUGUAGUCAGUAGUCCAACAGCCACACCCGUUUCUUACCUGCCUAUAAGAAGGAGAACAAAAAAAAGAAUGUCAAGCAUCUGUGUUUUAGUCUAACCGUGCGCCAGAGCCAGGACUGUAGCUCUUGUGGUGUUUACAAGGACACAAGUACCACAGCACAGUAAACUGUGUUCAGAAACAGAGCAGAUGUGAUGCCAAGUUAGGAAAACCUCUGGUGAGCAGUUUUGGUCCCCUUUCUGUCUGUGUGACUGAGUGUGAGAGUGAGCAGGAGAGGUGACCACUGUUCAUGUACAGCCUAAUGUCAAUGAUGAUGCUUCUCAUGUGCACAGUAUCGUAUGCUGGAGAUGUACACAACCACAUGUGCUGGGAAUAAAUGAUUUCAUAACUUUC